AUGGGUAGUUUCAGCUUUAAAUCCCUCUCCAGGAAACCUCUCUCUCUCUUCAUCAAUUCAUCUUUUCUCUUGCUGGUCUCUUUGUAUGUUAUUUCAAAUUCUCUUAAUGUUAAUCAAUCCAAGAAUGCAAUUUCUGGCUUCAUCCACUUGCAGAAUCUCCAUCAAGGUACUGAAAUUAGUAAUUGCAGUGACGUUCACAAAUUCACUGAUUAUGGAUCCAAGUGCCGAUUUGUGAAGUCAAAUUCUGCUUGCUGGGGAAAAGGAAUACUUUUGUCCUUCUGUGGAGAGCUUGUCUACAGUACUGAAAUUAUCCCCGACAAUUGCUGGAACCACGCUUCUUCCACUUGGAAAUGGAGCUAA